UACUUUUUGCUUGAGCUUGUAAAUUUUAAUUGAAUGUAAGUUUUUAAAGGAAUUCGUUUUAAGCAACCUAAUUUUUUGAAGGAGCGUAUUUAGAAAAAUGGUGACAGGACCAACUGAACAUGGAAUACAAGCUGAUGUUAUAUUUGUCAUCGAGGGAACAGCUGUUAACGGCGCGUACCUCAAUGAUCUUAAAACAAAUUACGUUAUUCCAACGCUGGAAUACUUCAGUCAAGGUGGCAUAGAAGACAGGGAAUAUGUAUCCGAGCAGAAUAGCACAUUAUAUGGAAUAGUUGUUUAUCAUGCCGCCGAUUGCUUGCCAUCUCCAUGUACGGAGACCCUUGGACCUUAUUCAAAUCCUCACAAACUACUAAUGGUUCUAGACAAGCUUGAGAUGGUCGGCGGGAAGGGAGAAUCCUUUGCAAACAUAGGCGAGGGUCUGGCAACGGGAUUACAGUGUUUCGAAGACUUACACGUGAGACGGGAGCCGAACACCGCUUCGCAGAAACAUUGUAUUUUGAUAUGCAAUUCGCCCCCGUAUCAGACAAUGAUUCAAGAAGCUUACAAGUUCGCUGGCCAUACCAUUGAGCAAUUAGCUGCCAUUUAUCAAGAGAGGAAUAUCAACAUCUCUAUAUUAUCGCCGAGAAAAAUUCCGGCGUUGUACAAGCUAUUUGAGAAAGCUGGCGGCGAUCUGCAGUCCUCGCAAACGAAGAAUUACGCCAAGGAUCCGCGGCAUUUGGUGCUCCUGCGGAAUUACAACUUGAAGGAGCGACCGGUCAGUCCCCAGAUGGGCGGUAACGUUCACAGUGCCGCGGCCACCGCGGCGCAAAUACCCCUGAGCCCGCUGCAGAGCAACGACAGUCCGAACACGAAUCAAGUGCAGCAGAACAUCGCCCCGCCGAAUCAGCAGCAGGGCCCUCCGUUCAGAAACCAAGCCCCUCCUCAGAACAUCACCUCAGUGCAUCAGACCGUCACGCCGUCGAUGGCGGCACCGAUGAACACCGCACGGCCGCCAUACAAUCCUCAGAUCGCCGCACCGCCGAAUUACCAUCCGGCGGGAGUGAACAUAGCCACGCGGCCCAGAUGGAUGCGACCGUCGUUCAUAGCGCCGGGCGCGACCGCGCCUGCGAAUACGCAAGCCAGCGCGCUAAUAGCGCAGCUCACGCAGCCGCCUUCGUCGCUAGGACUCAACGUAGCUGCGUUUAAUCAACGAUUAGAUGUGGCAGGCAAUAACGUUAUGGCAGCUAAUCAGCAGCAGCAACAGCAGCAGCAACUCACGCAGCAACAGCAACAACUGCGCCUGACGAUGCAGCUGCAGCAAAAUGUCCAGCAGGCCACCAUGUCCGCCAUGGCCGCUCAACCGACUCACAGCCAACCGGGAUCGCAACUUACUGCAUCGUGUAUUAGCCAGUCUGUACCGACUCAAGUGCCGCAGACUGUCACAGCUUCGCAGCAAGCGCCGGUCUCGGUAUCCUCCAUCACGCAACAGAUCACUCACUCUCAAGCACAAGGCAAUGUGUCUACCGGUACUGUACAAAAUCAACAGCUCGGCGUGCCGCAACGCGAGCGUCAGAACAUCUGGCAGGGUAUCGUGGAAUGGAUCGAAAAGGCCAAGAAUCCCACGGACGCGCAAAAGCAAACGAGACACGUCCCCUGUCAAGUCUCGGCUAAUGCGAAAGACGGAGACCCGGAAUUGAAAGCGGAUACAUGGCCGCCCAAAUUGAUAAUGCAAUUGAUGCCGAAACAAUUGAUAGGCAGUAUUGGUGGUACCUAUCUGAAGAAUUCCAAAUCUGUUGUAUUUCACCCGACGCCGUGUGAGGCUUUGGAAUCCUUAACAAAAAUGAUGACGGCUGGAUUUGCGGGGUGUGUCCACUUCACUUCUGCGUCAUCGAGCCCGGCUUGCGAAAUAAAAGUACUUAUACUUUUGUAUACUGCGGACAAGAAAACGUACCUCGGCUUCAUCCCAAACGACCAAACAGCCUUCGUGGAUCGUCUUCGCAAGGUUAUACAGCAGCAGAAAACGUCUCAAAACGCUUCUGUAAGACAGGCUAAUCCUGGACCAGGCAAUGCGAUUCCCGCACCCAUGCCUACUUCAGGUACACAGGGGGGCAUUCUUAUGUCCCAAACGAAUACUAUGGCGAUGGGCGGCGGUCAAAUAACGCAGAACGUUGUGUCCACCGCUCCACCGCAAACCUUAACUUCGACCAGCGGCCCACAGACCCAAAUGAAUAUGCAGAAUAGCGGAAUUAGCGGCCCACAAGCUAACGCGGGUGUCGGAGGUAUGAUCGGUCAACAACGACCUCCGUAUGACGAUUUAGAGAUCGCCAGACAUCAAAAUUUGCUAAAGAUUCAUCAUCUGAAACAAACGUUAGAAGCCGCGCAACAGCAAGAGGCGCAGUAUAAGUCUCAGCUGGAAGUAAAUAUCCAACAAAAUCUAGAAGUGGCGCAACAGCAGGAAAUGCAGUAUAAGCAACAGCUUGAGGCGCAGCAGGCGCAGAGAGGCCUCAAUCAGGCCGCUAUGGCUAAUCAACAGGCGAACUCUCAACGACUGAUGCGUCCGGUUUCCACUAACAAUCUUGGUCUCAGACAUUUGUUACAACAGUCGCAACCUCAGUAUAGCGUUCGGCAAGUGUCGUUCGGGGUGCAACAGCAAAUGGUAGGGCCGAGAGGGCAGAUAACAGCGAGGCCGAUGGCACCUGGUAAUACGCAGAAUCAGCAGUUUGAGGAUGUACCGAAUUAUAACGAUUUUCUUGGUUGAGCGUUCCAAGUAAGCGUUUUCUUUUUAAAUUUAUAUAUAUUUAUACACACACACACGCGCGCGUGCGUGCGCAUGCAAGUAUACAUUAGUAGGCGAGUAAGUAAAAAAGGAAAUAUACGAGGGCAUAAUAAUUUUAAUUUUGUAUAUUUGUGAGAAUAAAUAAUACUUGUACAUAGGGAGAAAUACAUGCACGAAAUACAUACGAGCAUAUAAAGUAUUAAAUUAAUUAAUUAAGGAGGUA